UGAAAGAGAGAGAGAGAGUAUUAUUUUCAUACGUCUUCCUUUUUUAAAAGAUGGCUUGUUAGCGCGGUAACGCCUCUUUGUUAAUUUUCCGAUCAUCGACUACUCAUUGAUGUUCGACUACACAUCGAGAUUUCAAAUGUCAUUUCUUACAACAUUGGCGACAUGUGGCAAUUAACGUAUUUAUUUAUUAAAAGAGAUACGCAAUACAAUAUAUUUCAACUAUUAAGUAAUAAGACAUUACAAUUUGGUGGUUCUAUAAAAAAUGGUUGAUCGCUAGAUUUGAUGUAUGUAUGUGUAUUAAUUCAAGAAAAAAAUUGUGUGAAAAAAAAUAAAUAAUUAAUAUAAUAUCGAUUUAUAUACGCGCGUAAACAUGCCGCGUACCAAAGCAUCACCAAAAAAAUGUAUUAAAACAACUAAUUCACAUCCAGGUACAAAUACAUGGGUUUUUCUGAUGAAAGGUGAUAAUUUAAGUAAUACAGAUGGUGGUGUACCUGAUGUUAUUAAAUUAAGGCAUCCAGCUACAAAUCAGCCUGCAAUGUUUGUAUUUAGUCCAGGCAAUGUAACUGUACAAGAAGUUUUAACAUUUGAUGAAAAUAAAAGAUCAUGGUUUAUAGAUGAUAAUGUAAAAUCUGAUGGAAAAUUACAUUUAUCUACUCCUAUUGAUCCAAUAUUUUUAAUAUUACCUUAUUUAAGAAAGUCACAACAAGCACAACCAUUAGAACAAUGUCUUUGGGAUGAAGAUUUUCCAGAAAUGACUCGUCUCACUCAAUGUCAAAAUUUAAAAUUGAUAUUAAUUGCUGAUCGUAAAGGAGAUGAAUCAUUACAAGCUUAUAAAUUUAAUGAAGAAAAGACAUUGAUUUGGUUGCGUAAGAAAGUGGAAAGAGUAGUUGAAGUAUUGAAACAGAAGGGUAUUCAUGUAUCACAGGGUGCUAUUAGUGCUACUUACGUUAAAAGUACUAAGCAUGAAACUGUUUCAGAAAUGGAAUAUUUAAAAUAUGCUCAUGGUAUUGUAUCAGAGUAUCUUGCAGAAGAUUUAUCAAAAAAAUUAGCACAAUAUUUAAAUAUACCAGAUGAAACAGAAAAUAAAAAACGAAAAUUAAAUAGUCCUAAAGAUAAUGGUGAUGAAAAAAGAUCUAAGAAAGAUACAAGUGAAAAUGAAUCAGUAUUAAAACCAAAAACACCUGAAUCAACCAAAUUAGAAAAGCCUCAAAAAACAAUUGGUAAAAAGGAAUUAGCCAGACAAAAGGCUGCAUCUGGAUCCAAAAGCAUUACUAGCUUUUUUAAGAAAAAAUAAAGUUUAGGAAAUUUAAAAAAUUUAAAACACACAUAAAGUUUUGAAAUUUUAAAUAUUACAUAUAUAUAUAUAUAUAUAUAUAUAUAUACAUUAUAUAUAUUACAUAUAUAUAUAUAUAUAUAUAUGUGUGUACAUGUGAUUUUUAGCACUGUUGUUUUAUAAAAGUAGGUUCAAAACUUUGUAAAAUAGUUACAUUGAAAAAUAUUUUAAAUGAUUGUUUAAUCAAUAGAUAAUUCUAAUCAAUAAGCAAUUCCUUAAACAUUUUUAAUACAUAUGUUAAUACAAUUUUCCUACACUUAAAAAUAAAAUAUUUAAGUACUUAUCACGUAUAAUUUUAGAUAUAGGUAAAAUAUAUUGCAAAAAAAUAUUCAAAUAUAAUAAUCAAAUCAGAAAAAAUAUCAAUUUUGUUUAUAAAUUGUUAAUUUAAACAUAACAAUGCAGUAUAAAAUUUAAAGAAUUAAAAAAAAAUUCAUUAUAAAAUAUUUUAAACAGCUUAUAAAAAUCACAAUUAUUUAAGGACACAAAAAUCUUAAAUAUAAUGAAAAUCUAUUAAAUCUAUUAAUUAUUAUUGAUAAAAAAUGUCAAGAUUUUUAUUUAAAUUUUUAAAUUAAUAUGUAAAAUUGUGUAUAAUUAAAAAAUCUAAUUGUAUAAUCUUGUUCAAUAUCCAUCAAUUUGUAUUAUUAAAUAUUUCUACAUCAUGAUUCACAAAACUAAUCUAAUAGUACAAGCACAAAAAUAUCUGACUUUAGCAUCUCAAAGUUCAAUAUUUUUGUAUAUAUUUUGUAUAUCUUCAUAUACAGUUAAAUAUGUCAACAUUUAAAAGCGUUUGUAUUUAUUUGAUAUAUUUUUACUGCUCAAAAUAAAUGUAAUCAAUCAAUAAUUUUUAAUAAAAAAAAUAAGAUAUUAAAAAAUAUAUUGUAUAUGUAUUUAAAAUAAUAUAAUAUAGUAACAAAUUUUUUUUUCAUUCAUAGUAAACAUUUGAAAUUCCAUCAUAUUAAAAAUAAUUUUAUAUUUAUAUAUAUGUAACUAUUUAUAUAUUUAUAUAUUUCGUAACUAUUAAAAAUAGAUAUAAAUAUUUUAAAAAAAGAAAAAUAUUAAUAAAGUAAAUUUAAAAGUAAAUUUCAUUUAAUAAUUCAGUCCUUAUAAUAGUCGAAUCAUAAAUAGGAAUCAUAAAUAGGAUGCAACUAGGUAGAAUCUUUGUUCGUAUCUAUCCACUAUAAAUCAGCAAAACAAACGAGUUUUUAUUUUCACUAAAUAAAUAAGGAUUCACUUAGUCUUCUGACAACUGUAUUGUGUAGUUUUAUUUUUUUUGUAUGUUUCAUUAAACUGUUAUUCAUAAUUCCUAAAAUGAAGAGUGAAAAAGUGCAUAUCCGUCAUGUAAUGUUUUGGGAAUUUAAACAAAGUAAUAAAGACGAUAACUGAAAAAAUAUGCAGAGUAAAGGUUUACAGUGAAGGUUCAAUAAACGAUCGAGCAGUUGAAAUUGAUUUGCCGAUUUACGAUUUUAAAGGACGAAAUGAGAGACGUCCUUCCGAUCCUGACGACAAGAUUUUAAAGAGAAUAUUGAAGCAAAAUCUACGUCAAUCAACAAGAGAUAUAGUAAAAAGGUUGAAUACAUCACAAUCAACUGUUUACCGCUACCUGAAGAAAUUAGGGAAAGUUAGUAAGAAUAAAGAAUAAAAAUCUCAUGUCAAUCGCCACAAGUCUGUUGUCACAGAUAAAAAUCGAGUCUUUUUUAGGAUUAUAUAGACGAUGAAAAAACUAUGACAAUAUCGUCUGUAAAAAUAAGGAUCAAUCACCCCUAUCAAAUCCGAAAGCAAACAUCAAUGGAAAACAAAUUUUAUUGUGUGUAUGGUGAGAUUGUCGAGGUAUAAUUCAUCACAAAUUUGAAGUUAAAUUUAACGAUUACUACAGAUAUAUACAUUCAAUAGUUGCAAAGAAUGAAAGAAAAAUUCUAUAAAAAAGGUCCUGCACUCGUCAAUCGUUCAUCACAAAUUUGAAGUUAAAUUUAACGAUUAUUACAGAUAUAUACAUUCAAUAGUUGCAAAGAAUGAAAGAAAAAUUCUAUAAAAAAAGUCCUGUACUCGUCAAUCGCAAAACAUCAUUCUUUUACACGACAAUGCGCGACUACGUACAAGAGCAAUUCAAAAAAAAUUUUUGAACUUAGGUAGUCAGUAUCCACUUUACUCUCUUGCCCCAACAGACUGUUAUCGUUUCUGUUUUUUGCAAAACUUUUUGAAUGGAAAAAUCUUCAAUUCUGAAGAGCAAGUCAGUCAAGCUAUCGAAAAUUUCUUGCAAUCUAAACCAACCACAUUUUACAAGAAAGGAAUUGAUAAGCUGCAAAAAAAAUUGAAGAUCAUACAUAAUAGUGAAUACAUAAUAAAUAUAACUUUGUUAUUUAAUAAAAGCAAAAUAAAUGUCUGAUAAAAAAAA